UACAGUUUGAGCGUCAUCAUUUUAACAUCCGCCACAUGUGAAUAUUUCAAAUGUCAUUCAAUUAUAAACUGAAGGCUUGGACAAUUUGUCCGAUUGACACAAAAUUAUGUAUGAUAGUGUUAAAUGAUCGGAAAGAAUAACAAAAAGUAUUUAAUCUGUUUGGAUAAAGUGAUUAUAUAACUUAUUAUAACCUGGUCAGUCAGAAGUGGUCAGUACUAUCUAAACCAUGUAAAUCCCCCAGGCAAUAUAAGUAUUUGGAGGGGAAAUUCAUUGAGAUUGUUUACCAUCAAAUGGGAGCAUUUAUUUUGAAAUUAAUGUGUUCUUUGUGAAAUAAUUGUAAAAAUGAAACGGAAAUAUGAUGUUCGAAAACAUGGGAUUGCUCUACAUAGUGUGCCAUUAAAGAAAUCUUUAUCAAACAGUGCGGAUAAUAGCAUCAACCACCAUAAAAAGCAACGACUUUAUAUGGACAGUUCUACUCACAGGGCCAUAGCAAGAAAAAGAAACAGAAGAAACAACUCUGAUCGCUGUGUUAAUCAACUUGUCGGACUCUUACAUUGUUAUAAUGUUUUCCUUCUUAUACUUGGUGCAGGUGUUUUAGGACUAGGAAUAUGGAUGCUUGUAAAAGAUUACAGCACGCGGGAGAUAGCUGCGAUCGUAGAUUCUCGUCUGUUCGAGUAUGUAACGUAUGCGUUAGUGGCAGGUGGUGGCACUGUGGCUAUUCUUGCCUUCUGCGGUUGUUGUGGUACUAUGAGACAGGAUAAAUAUGUCCUCGGAUUUUACGGAACAGUUUUAUUUAUGGUGCUAGGUGUGCUAGUCGGAGGCAGUGUAAUUGGUAUUAUUUUCAGAACAAAAAUAACCGAAGGGAUGAAGAGAAGAUUUGAGGACACGUUGGAAUAUAAUUAUAAUGUUGAUAUAAUAAAGAAUUCGGAAAAUAGACUUUUAACAGACGCAUGGGAUGCAAUGCAACGAACGCUAGAAUGUUGUGGUCCGCAUGGUAAUAUAACAUCACGUUAUUCCUGGGCCUUUUACAAAGGAAGGACCACUUGGUACCUAAAAAGGACUAGUCAAAAGAUGUUUCCUUUCGUACCAGAAAGUUGUUGUCGUCCUGGAUGGCCAGUUCACGACUGUCAGGGUAUAAAUAGUGAAUAUGAUGGUAUUCCUGUAAAGGGACCAGACCCAAGUGUCCACAGUAAUCCUUCAUUAUAUACGAAUGGUUGCUAUGACAAAGCUAUUCAAUAUUUAGAAAAACAUAGUCUUUACAUUGCGAUAGUAGCAGGCGCAGUUCCAGUAUUUCUGAUAGCUGGUAUUGUUAUUUCUUUUUAUCUUUGUGCCAAUGUAAGUCCGGAAGAUGAGGAUGACGACGAUGAUGACGAAGGACAAGAGGCGGAAGUAUGAAGUUAUACUCAUGAAUAAACAGCUUCCGUCCGAUUUCUUAAAAUCCCUCUCAAAGUGCCAUAUAUGGAGAUGCAUAUGAUAGACACGUGAGACAAAAUACCAAAGACGACGUUUCCGGUCGAAGCUACUCUAUUAAACUGUUGAGUCAAAGCUUAAAAAUUGUUGGGAAUAACCCAUACCAUGUGACAAUCGAAGACAUUCAGCCCUUUAGCUGUAUUGUUGCAUCCAAUAGGGAUAUGCCUAAAAAACCUGUUUUAACGCGUUUCCCGUUUGUCGUGAAUUUGCACGCACAUAUAAUAUAGGGCAUACAAAUAUGCUUGAUGACCACGUGACAGCGCUUUAUCUGUUUAUCUAGUCCCAUCUUUUUAUAGAAUAAUUUUUGUAUUACUGUUCACAUACACUGUGAAGAAUUGUUUAUUCAAAACAGAUGAAAUCUGUAGAUUGUAAUUAUUCUGUAUUUAAUCGUUCCUUCAACUCAAUGUGGAAGGUAGAAUGGCCUUUUUGAUUUGAAACAAAACGUCUCAGCAUCAGUUAGUAAAGUAUAAAACACUUGAAUGGAUAAGUAUAUUACAAUGUGUAAUCGUUUUUGAGUUAUCAAUCUAUUUCUUUCAAAAUUUGUCAGUAUAUUUUAAAAUGCUUGUUCCUUUAUAUGAAGUUACUAUAUUUAGCAAAAUUGCCAUUUUAGUCAAAUGAUGUAUUGCUUUGCUUUUAAGAUAUGGAUAUAUACAUGGUACCUCAUGAAAGGUUGUUAUUGUACAUGUAUAUGUGCAAUGUAUAGGUGGAAAGUGUGAAGAUAAUUUCGAUAUAAUUUCAGUAAAUAGUUUGCUUGUAGAAUGCAUGAUUUAUAUGAGUUAUAGAUAGCCUUAGUAGAUACCCAAAGACAAUUCUUGCUUUCUCAAUGUAGUUUCGAAGAUUUAUCCAUGGACACUCCAGUAACAAGUUAUGCAGUUAUAGAUGAAGCAAACACACUAUUAUGCCAAACUUUCAUAUGUAAAUAAUUUCAUUCAUAUCACCGAAAACAGAUAGAUUAGAUGAAUCAAAACUUUUACGCUAUUAAUUUUAUCGUAGCGUUUCGGUAUCUACAAUGUUUAGAAAUGGCUUUAUUUCUUUUUUAAAAAUCUUUUUUUUAACUAUAUAAAAUCCUUUUUAACCCAUAAAAUAACUUUGUAUACUAAAAUAUUUAAAAGUAUAAUAUUUAUUAUGAUUUCAAUCUAAUUUUAAUAUUUAACAGCAUUUUUAACGCAUCAUUUUACCAUACAAAUUCGUUUUCUAAUUGAGUUUUUGCAUAUUCGUCAAAGAAAAGUUUAAAUAUCAAAUAUAUGAUAAAACUACAAAAAUGCUGUAUAUUUUCCUUUAUUGUUAAAGAAAUUGAUUUUGUAAGAAGUGGAUAUUAUUGUUUUGAAGUAAAAUAUUGUUAAGCAGCAUUUUUAUUACAAUUCUGUGCAAUAAAAGGAGUGAAUGGAUGAAUGGUAAAAUGUCUUGUAUGAUUGAUGUUUAAAAGCGGUUUGUAAUUCCACUGAUGAUUUUUCAUGUUAUGGUGUAUCACACCAUAUGUUUUACUGCAUGUAUUUUUAAAUCAAUGUGCAAUGUUUAUAUCUGAUGGGACCAAUAGUCAUUUUGACACAUUUUAACAUUAUGUUACAAGAUUUUGGUUUUAAUUGUUUUUAUCACAUCAUACCGUUGGCAUCAACAUUUCAUAUAGAGACUGGUUCCUGUUAAUUGUUUUGUUAUACUGUAAUGCAGUAUUUUUUAUUAUUUUACUAUUCUGUGUUUUUGUAAAUAAUUCUACAAGAAAUAUUAAAUAUUUUGUAUUA